AUGUCUUCAAUUGAUAAAAAUUAUAAUAAUUUAAAUAGUAAUAAUAAUAAUAAUAAUAAUAGUAAUGAUGUUCAAGAUAAACCAACAACACCAUUUUCGGCAGUGAAAGCUAAAAAGAUAUUUUCACCAAAUAUAACCAAACACAAGUUCAAAACAGAUAGUAUCACUAAUCCGACAUCUGAUUUUGUACAAAAGAAUAAACGUGAGAGAGAAAGAGAUUCAGGAGGAGAUGCUACUGGAGAGAGACCGAUGAAUCAAGAGGAUGAAGAUGCUCUACUAGCUUUGAUGAAUCAAAACAUAUCGAGUAACACAGUAAAGAUAACUCCAAAGAAUGAAGAUAUCAACAGCAAUAACAACAAUAAGAAAGUAUUCUUAAAGAUAAAGAGAAAGAUAGACGAAGAAACAUUGACAUCAAUUGUAAUUGAACGACCAAAGAAGAAAGCACUACUAGAUACAUUCAAACAGUUUUCAUUGACUGCCAUUGAUGACAAACAAGAUAAUAACAAUAAUAAUAUAGAAGUAGAAGAUGAUGAUGAUGAUGAAGAUGAAAAUAAUAAUAAUAAAAGAAAUAAAAAGAAUAGAAAUAAUAAUAUAGAUGAAAUAUCUCAAUCGAUAAAAGAGUCGUCAUCAGCAGCAGCAACAACAACAGCAGCAGCAGCAACAAUUAAAACAGAAAAGAGUCUUUUUACAUUGUUUACAUCAAUAGAUGAAACAAACUUGAUAAAUAGUAAAUCAAAGCUGGAAAAACGUUUUGAAGAGUUUAAAGAAAAGGGUACAAUUUCAUCACCAAAGAUAUUAAAAGCAAAACAAGAAAAUACAAUUAAAAAGAGAAAUGAAAAUAGAUAUAGACAAAUCAAAUCGAAUAGAGUUGGUUUAGGAAAAGAAGAUAAUAUUAUAGAACUAGAGAAAACAGAUGAACUUGAUGAAAUAAUGUCUGGUUUGACAAAGGAAGAAGAGAAACUAAUAUGUAACUUUAAACCGUUGUUGAGAGAGCAAUUGGAUAAGCGACAGGAAGAGACAAAAUAUGUAUAUGAUUACUACUACUUGGAUCCAGUGCAGGCCAAGAAUAUUGAUAUAUCGAUGAUUGAAACUGUGGUGUUGCCCCCAGAUGAAGACGAUAUCUACGAUGGACUUGACUUGACCGACGAUGACCAGAGCACAGACUCUGAGAAUUGGUAUGUCGACUAUCCUGAUGAAAGCAGCAACGGCAGUGAUUCUUUGUUUGAUGAAAAUGAAGAUGACGAAGACUAUGACAAUCACGAUUAUUACAACGAUGGAAACUAUGAUGAAGAUUAUUUCGAUGAAUAUUAA